AUGGAGACAGGAAACCACAGCUGGGGCACAGACUUCACCUUGGCUGGUCUUUUCCACUAUGGCCAGGUGGACAACUUCCUCUUCACAGUCAUCAUCAUCCUCUUUGCAGUAGCUCUGACUGGCAACAUCACACUGGUCCAUCUCAUCAGGCUGGACACAAAACUCCACACCCCCAUGUACUUCCUCCUCAGCCAGCUCUCCAUCAUCGACAUCAUGUACAUCUCCACCACUGUGCCCAAGGUGGCAGCCAACUUCCUGUCAGACACCAAGACCAUUUCCUUUCUGGGCUGUGAGAUGCAAACCUUUGUGUUUCUGAGCCUGGGAGGCUCUGAAGCCCUCCUGCUGGGCUUCAUGUCCUAUGACAGGUAUAUAGCCAUCUGCCGGCCCCUGCACUACCCAGUGCUCAUGAGCAGGAAGAUGUGCUGCUCCAUGGUCGCCUGUGCCUGGAGCAGCAGCUCCAUCAAUGCUUUGGUGCACACUCUGUACGUGUUCCAACUUCCAUUCUGUGGAGCUAGGAUUGUUGACCACUUUUUCUGUGAGGUUCCAUCUCUCCUGCCGCUGGUGUGUGAAGACACAUCCCAAUAUGAGCACACAGUCCUCAUGAGUGGCCUUGUCAUUCUGCUGCUACCCUUCCUGACCAUCCUAGCUUCCUAUGCUCGGGUGUUGGUUGUCGUGUUCCAGAUGGGUUCAGGGAAGGGACAGGGUAGAGCUGUGUCCACCUGCUCAUCCCACCUGACCGUGGCCAGCCUGUUCUAUGCCACCGGUCUCUCCACCUACACCCAGCCACACUCUUUGCAUUCUUCUGGGAGGGACAGAGUGGUGGCUGUGCUGUACUCAAUUGUCACCCCUGUUCUGAAUCCAUUUAUCUACAGCCUGCGGAACAAGGAAGUCAUGGGAGCCCUGAGGAGACAUUUGGGAUGAUGGAUAUUGGCACUGAAAAUAUGACAUUGAGUCGCCUUGUGGACUGAUCUAAAAGCUUGCCUUGAACACUGCCUGGGAAGAUGCCAGGGUUGAUCUUCUGCUGUGAGUUCAUCAAGCUGGUCUAACUCACUGAACCAGAGCAUGAAACUGCAUCCACUCAGUGUCAGAGCGAGUUGACUGUUUGAACCUGAAGGUUGUUUCUGAGUGAGAUGGGAGGCCUUUGCCCUUGGCCCUGCAUCUCUGGCUGGCUGUCAGCCUGCGUUGGCUUUCCACAGAACUGGACCCCCUUGUGCCCUUAUGCAAGUCACCAUGGCUUCUCAGACUGUGGGCGUCAGGACCGUUGCCUACCACACACUCACCUACCUCCUGCUCUGGCGGCUCUUCCUGCAGUUUCUGAGCAGAGCUGUAUGUGUGCGGAUAGUUUACAUAAAUUGGGAAAAAUUUCUUUUGCAGGUACAACUAUUAUAUAAGAGUGUGUGUAUGGUGUGUCACUCUUUGUACUAUGACAUAAUUUAUGGACGAUUCUGAAAGAAACAGGGACAGAGAUAAGUCAAUGUGUUUGCUUUGAUGCUGUGUGACUGUUAUCGCGUGGAUAAGAUUUCCAGGCUCUCCUAAGCUGUUUAAUGAUGUCUUCCUGAGUCCCUUAUACCAAUACAUUUCUCCAAAUCUCACUGUCUUUGUAAUAAACAUGGUCAAUGGAUCUGUCUGUCAGUAUGCACUCUGUCUCUUUCCAGACACCUUUAUGUUGAUUUUCCAGCAGCCAUGCUAGCUUAUGAUAAGGACAUUUAGACAAACAGACCCAACAUGCUUUACAAAUCCAUAGAAACUUUCUGUAU